CUCGCCCGGAAGGUUAGCUGGAAUAGGCACCAGCACUCCUCCCGACCCUUCUAAGGGACAAGGGUGUACAGAAAAUGAAUGAAUGAAUGAAUGAAUGGAUGGAUGGAUGGAUGGAUGGAUGGAUGGAUGGAUGGAUGGAUGGAUGGAUGGAUGGAUGGAUGGAUGGAUGGAUGGAUGGAUGGAUGGAUGGAUGGAUGGAUGGAUGGAUGGAUGGAUGGAUGGAUGGAUGGAUGGAUGGAUGGAUGGAUGGAUGGAUGGAUGGAUGGAUGGAUGGAUGGAUGAGGAAUAGGUACAAACAAUAAUUAUAGAGCUCAAUCAAUCAGCGUAAGUAUUAAAUAUAGUUUUCUUAAUGUACCUGUUUGGAGCAGUUUCAUUUUUUCCAGGGACAGCCCAAGGCUGCAUUAAGAUUAGGCCCUUGACUGAAUUUCAUUUGCAUGUUUUGGUAAUUGAAAAUGGACGUUGGUCUGUUUCCAUGUUCCUAGAGAAGCUCCUCAUCCUGCAGCCAUUGUUUGUUGUGACUGAAAGAGGUGUUUAUUCUGUUUAAUAGCAUUAGUGUUUGCUGGCUGAAGUGGACCUAUGUUUCCUGCAGAUGCUGUGAUUCUGUUGGAUUCAUUAGAUGGAGUGGUUCAGAGUUGACUGCAAGUGGACAGGAUGAAAAUCAGUGCCUCCAAAUCCAAGACCGGGGUCUUGAGCUAGAAAAAGAUAGAUCACCUUCUCUGGGUUUGGGAAGAGGUCCUGUCCCAAGUGAAAGAGCUUAAAUAUUUUAGGGUCUUGUGUACAAAUUAGGAAAAAAUUGAGCAGGAGGGCAAUAGACAGAUUGGUGCUGCGUCUGCAGUGCUGCAGGUGUUGUACCAGUUUACUGUGGUGAAGAGAGAGCUGAGCCAAAAGGCAAAGCUCACAAUUUAAAAGUCUAUCUAUUUUCCUACCCUCAACUAUGGUCACCAGCUCUGGAUAGUGACUUUAGGAACAAGAUCGCAGAUACAAGUAUGUCUCAUAAACUAAUUUCUUGGUAGGAUCAAAAUAAUUUGUGUGUAAUAUGUGUACAAGUAAAUUUUGGACUUAACUGUUAAUGUGUUUCAUUGUCGUUUAGUUUUUUUAUUUUCAGCGGAAAACAAUCAACACUUCCGGUCUAUUUCUUGACAGAAAAACUUGACAAACAGAGCGAUUCCCCACGAGCACGCGCGCGUGCACACCUGUGAUGUAGCAGGCUGUAAUGUUUUUGCAGACUACAAAGAAAGAGGAGAACCCACUGGGUUCUAAGCCCAUCUUGCCUGAUUAAAUAUUCUUGCAGUAUACUACAUGUACUGGCUGAUGUCUAUUAAAGUCUUCUAAUUCUAGAUUCACUGAAACACAGCAGCAGAACAGAACAAUAACUCUUAAGUAUUCAGGAGAAAAAAGCUGACAGUAAAUUAAAAAUAGAAAAAUCUUUAGUGUUUUGACUAAUAUAGCGUAAUGGUGACGUUAUCUUUUUUGUUGUUGUUGUUUUUAUUAUUUAUGUUGACUACGUCAUUACAGCGGAACUCUCCGUCGGUUGGUGUUUCUCACCUAACGAUAAAAGCGACGGAUGGCAGGUCCGUAACAUGCGCCAUUGAAAACAAACGCAGCGGCUACGGUGGCUCGCGCUUUCUGCUAACUCGGAGCUCCCUGACCCAGCCUUUAAUAGACACACUCUGUGUUUGCGAACCAUGGAAACGAUUUUAGAACAACAGCGUCGCUACCACGAAGAGGAAGAGCGACUGAUGGACGCCAAAACGAAGGAAAUGUUGCACAAAAAGUCAACGCUUCGAGAACAAAUUAACUCCGAUCAUCGCAUAAGAGCUAUGCUGGAUAGGUACAUGGACGUGAGCGCAAACCUGAGAGACUCCUACGAAGACAAAGACGGGAUGAGGAGAGACGAGCUCGCUGCCAUCUCUGGACCAAACGAGUUUGCUGAGUUCUACAACAGACUGAAACACAUAAAGGAGUUCCACCGAAAGCAUCCCAACGAGAUUUCCAUUCCCAUGUCGGCAGAGUUUGAAGAGCUGAUGAAGGCCAGAGACAACCCCAGUGAAGAGGCUCAGAACAUGGUGGACUUCACUGAUGAGGAGGGAUACGGCCGCUAUCUGGAUCUCCACGACUGCUACCUGAAGUACAUCAACUUGAAGGGAGCUGAGAAACUGGACUACAUCACCUACCUGUCCUCAUUCGACCAACUGUUCGACAUCCCCAAAGACAGGAAGAACGCCGAAUACAAAAAGUACCUGGAGAUGCUGCUGGAGUACCUGCAGGACUACACGGACCGGGUCAAGCCUCUGCUGGACCAGAACGAGCUCUACGGGAAAGUCCUGAUCGACUUUGAGAAAAAGUGGGAGAACGGGACGUUUCCGGGCUGGCCUAAAGAGACGAGUAGUGCUCUGACGCACGCCGGAGCUCAUCUGGACCUCUCUGCGUUUUCCUCCUGGGAGGAGCUGGCCUCUCUGGGUCUGGACAGGCUGAAGUCUGCUCUCAUGGCUUUGGGCCUGAAGUGUGGAGGGACUCUGGAGGAGAGAGCUCAGAGGCUGUUCAGCACCAAAGGCAAAUCCCUAGAAUCUCUGGACCCGUCUCUGUUCGCCAAGAACCCCAAAGCCAAAGGGCCUAAGAAAGACACGGAGCGGAACAGGGAAUCGGCCUUCCUGGAAGCUCAGGUCUACGAGUACGUGGAGAUCCUGGGGGAGCAGAGGCAGCUCACCCAUGAGAACGUGCAGCGGAAGCAGGCGAGGACAGGAGAGGAGCGCGAAGAGGAAGAGGAAGAGCAGCUGAGCGAGAGCGAGAGCGAAGAUGAAGACAACGAGAUCAUCUACAACCCCAAAAACCUGCCGCUGGGCUGGGACGGCAAGCCGAUCCCUUACUGGCUCUACAAAUUGCACGGUCUGAACAUCAACUACAACUGUGAGAUCUGUGGAAACUACACCUAUAGAGGACCCAAGGCCUUCCAGAGGCACUUUGCAGAGUGGCGGCAUGCACAUGGAAUGCGCUGUCUAGGAAUCCCCAACACGGCUCAUUUCGCCAACGUCACACAGAUAGAGGACGCCGUCUCCUUGUGGGCGAAGCUAAAGUCGCAGAAGGCGUCGGAGCGAUGGCAGCCGGACACAGAGGAGGAGUACGAGGACUCCAUUGGAAAUGUGGUCAACAAGAAAACGUACGAGGACCUGAAGAGACAGGGUCUGCUGUAGACGGACAGCGUGACUCUGAGCUGCUUCCCUUUUCUUUUUUUUCUUUUUUUUAAUCUCAUAUUUACUCUUGUUGUUUUAUGUCUUAAGUAGUGCUGUUAUUUCCCAGAUAACGUAUCUCCAGUUUGUAACAUGUCAACCUCUGAUGAUUUCAAUAAACCGAGGACUUUGAGUCCCUGUCAUUCCUAAA